GUUUUCCCUCACCAGGUCAGUUUGACUCGUCCAUCCUGUGGUUCGCUUCGACGUUUGCUGAGAGAUGAAUAAAAACCAAUUGCCUACACACGCCGACAAACAUCAUGACAAGGAGCAUCUUUUCUUGGCUUCCGAGCCCGAGUCAAACGGCAACGAUCAGAGUGCCCUGAGAGACGAGACAGAAAAAGAAAAUUAUGAAUCUAUGAUCGAGAGCCAAGACCAGCAACCCGCCAAUGUCGCAUCUCCCCCACCGCCGCCGAAUGGGGGAUAUGGAUGGAUUGUUACCAUUGCUGUUUGCAUUAUUAAUGCUCACACAUGGGGAAUGAGUUCCAGCUACGCCGUGUUCUUGGCUCAUUAUAUACAAAACAACACUUUCAACGGAGCCACCACCCUCCAAUACGCCUUUAUAGGAUCUCUUUGCCUGGGCUGCGCAAUGGGCAUUUCUCCAUUUGCGACAAUAGCCGUUAAGAACUUUGGUACAAGACAAGUCAUGCUGCUUGGUGUUGUCCUCGAAACGGCUAGUUGGAUUGCAGCAAGCUUUGCCUCCAAGGUGUGGCACAUCUUCCUCACUCAAGGUGUCCUCUUCGGUCUCGGCAUAGGCGUCUUGUUUACAGCCACGGUUGGCAUCAUCCCCCAAUGGUUUACGACACAUCGUUCUUUGGCGAACGGCAUUGCAGCCGCUGGCUCGGGUCUGGGUGGCCUCAUCUACUCGUUUGCUAGUGGCGCCAUGAUUCAAAACCUGGGACUUGCUUGGGCUUUCAGAAUACUGGGCAUCGUCGCCUUUGUUGUCAACUUUACCUGCUGUUUCCUAGUCAAGGACCGCAAUAAGAUUAUUGGAUCGACCCAUCUCGCUUUCAAGGGGUCUCUUCUGUUGAGACCCGAGUUUCUGCUGUUCAUCGCAUUCGGGUGGUUUAGUAUCUUUGGUUACUCUGUUGUUAUCUACAGUCUCGCCAACUACGCAAACGUCAUUGGCCUUCAGUCCUCUCAAGCAGCUCUGAUCAGUGCUUUCUUCAACCUGGGCCAAAGCAUUGGUCGGCCUAUAAUGGGCUACUUUAGCGAUCGAACCGGACGAAUGAACAUGGCUGCCAUCGGAAGUUUCCUAGCCGGGAUAUUUGCGUUGGCGAUCUGGAUCAACACCAAAGUAUACGGUGUGCUCAUUUUCUACUCCAUCAUCUGCGGCAUGGUUGGCGGCACAUUCUGGACUGUUGUUGGUCCAGUGGCCGCUGAAAUCGUGGGGUUGGCAGAUGUGCCAUCUGCCCUCAACAUCAUGUGGCUGGGAAUUGUACUCCCUUGCACGUUUAGCGAGCCACUUGCUCUGCAGAUUGUCACCGGAACGGGAAAUUAUCUUGGUACUCAGCUAUGGACAGGGCUGACGUAUAUUGCUGCUGCACUCUGCAUGGUCAUGCUUCGCGGAUGGAAGAUUGGCGAGAUCGACGAGCUCUCCAAGAUAAAUAAUGAGAAACCGGAAGAUUUUGAUCCGUAUUCGACGAGUAACGAAGACGAAUCAGUUGAGCAAGGCAGAAAGGCUGGACGAAAGCGAAUGCUGGUUGAAUUCUAUAGGCGGGGGAAGGUCUGAGUGUCGAUUUUGGUUUUGGGGUUCGAGGGUUGUAAUUCAUUGAUGCGAUUAUACUAAUUCUUUCAGCUUGUUACAAGUUGACGAGUUCACGAGAUGACGUUCCACACCAAAUGAAAAGAGAAAAGAAGCUGGGGAAAGGAAUGUUUAUAUAUCAUCACAGCGAGCGUUGUUAAGCGGCAACUUAAUAUGCUAUUGGACUUUCUUGUACGAAAGUUUGGAAUAUUGAUCGAUUACCCUUUGUUUCGAUCAAGCAUGUAUGUCUUGGAUUUGAGAGUUUUGUUCCAGGUGUGAAACCUUUACAUGCGAUUUACACCAUAACCAGAUUUAGGCCUGAGCAGCGUGCAGUCACCAGCAGUUACUGCUAAAGAAUUCUGGUAUUUUAAUACGUAGAGGUGCGAUAUCCAUGGCAAUUUACAAAUACAAUCAAUAUGCAAAUAGCUGCUCUCCCGAG